UUUUUAAACGUACCAAUAUUCAGAAAUAUUACAUUAAAAUGCUUAACCGAAAUUGCUGGUGUCACAGUAACAACUUAUGAUGAUGUAUUUGUAAUGUUAUUUGUUAAUGUAAUGCGACAGUUAGAACAGAUUUUACCCCUUGAUACAAAUAUACGCGAAGCAUAUGCAGCAGGUCAAGAUCAAGAACAAAAUUUCAUUCAAAAUCUAGCUAUAUUUUUAUGCACAUUCUUGAAAGAGCAUGGGCAAUUUAUAGAGAAAAAACAAUUAAAUGAGUUGCUACUCAAAGCAUUGCAUUAUCUUGUUUUAAUUUCUGAAGUUGAAGAAGUUGAAAUAUUUAAAAUCUGUUUGGAAUAUUGGAAUGCAUUAGCAAUGGAUUUAUAUAGAGCAAAUCCCUUUGUGUCUCCAACACCAUUAUUUGUGGUUAAAAAUAUAACACUCCCAUCUAGAAGAUUAUUUUAUUGUCCUGUUUUAACAAAAGUACGAUAUAUUAUGAUCAGUAGAAUGGCUAAACCAGAAGAAGUUCUUGUUGUAGAAAAUGAGAAUGGAGAAGUUGUUAGAGAAUUUAUGAAAGACACUGAUUCUAUUAAUUUAUAUAAAAAUAUGAGAGAGACUCUUGUAUAUCUUACUCAUCUUGACUAUAUAGAUACUGAAAGAAUAAUGACAGAAAAGUUACAAAACCAAGUUAAUGGAUCAGAAUGGUCCUGGAAAAAUCUUAAUGCGUUAUGCUGGGCAAUAGGUAGUAUUUCUGGUGCAAUGCAUGAAGAAGAUGAAAAGCGAUUUUUAGUAACUGUUAUCAAAGAUCUCCUUGGUCUUUGUGAACAAAAGAAAGGCAAAGAUAAUAAAGCUAUUAUUGCUAGUAAUAUUAUGUAUGUAGUUGGGCAAUAUCCAAGAUUUCUCAGAGCACAUUGGAAAUUUCUGAAGACUGUUGUAAAUAAACUCUUUGAAUUUAUGCAUGAAACUCAUGAUGGUGUGCAAGAUAUGGCCUGUGACACAUUCAUAAAAAUAGCACUAAAAUGUAGGCGACAUUUUGUUACACCACAAACAGGAGAAUUGGUACCAUUUAUUGAAGAAAUUCUUUCUACUAUUAGUAGUAUCAUUUGUGACCUCCAAACACAACAGGUACAUACAUUUUAUGAAGCAGUUGGAUAUAUGAUAAGUGCACAGACUGAUACAGUAAUGCAGGAAGAAUUAAUAGAAAGAUAUAUGCUUUUACCAAAUCAAGUAUGGGAUGACAUAAUAAGUCAAGCAUCUAAGAAUGUAGAUGUAUUAAAAGAUCAAGAAGCUGUAAAACAACUUGCUAGUAUUUUGAAGACAAAUGUAAGAGCUUGCAAAGCUCUUGGACAUCCAUACGUGAUACAGUUAGGAAGAAUAUAUUUAGAUAUGUUGAACGUUUAUAAGGUUAUGAGUGAAAAUAUAAGUGCUGCAAUAGCUUUGAAUGGUGAAAUAGUAAUGGAACAAUCUCUGAUUAAAAGUAUGAGAGUAGUGAAAAAAGAAACAUUAAAAUUGAUCUCAGAUUGGGUCAGUAGAACAACUGACCGUCAAAUGGUUUUAGAUAGCUUUUUACCACCAUUAUUAGAUGCUGUUUUAUUGGAUUAUCAAAAAACAAAUGUGCAUUGUGCUCGAGAACCAGAGGUGCUAAGUGCUAUAGCCACUAUCGUAAAUAAAUUAGAAUGUUAUAUUACCAGUGAAAUACCUAAAAUAUUUGAUGCUGUGUUUGAAUGUACUUUAGAAAUGAUAAAUAAAGAUUUUGAAGAAUUUCCGGAACACAGAACAAAUUUCUUUUUACUUUUACAGGCAGUGAAUGUUUCUUGUUUCUCUGCAUUUCUUAUAAUUCCACCAGCACAAUUUAAACUUGUACUUGAUUCUAUAAUUUGGGCUUUUAAGCAUACAAUGAGAAAUGUUGCAGAUAUAGGACUACAAAUACUAUAUCAACUCUUACAAAAUAUUGAAGUUUCUACUCCCGAUGCUCAAAAUUUCCAUCAAACAUAUUUCACAGAUAUUCUUCAACAUAUAUUCAGUGUAGUUACAGAUUCGUCACACAUUGCAGGCCUUAAUAUGCAUGCUACAAUUUUGGCGUACAUGUUUUCGUUGGUUGAACUUGGGCGAAUUAAAGUUCCAUUAGGACCUGUACCAGAUAACACAUUAUAUGUUCAAGAAUUUGUUGCGAGAUUGCUUAAAACAGCAUUUCCACAUUUAACUGAUAAUCAAAUUAAAAUAACUGUACAAGGUUUAUUUAAUCUUAAUCAAGAUAUCCCUGCAUUCAAAGAACAUCUUAGAGAUUUCCUUGUUGAAAUUAGGGAAUAUACUGGUGAAGAUGAUUCAGAUCUGUAUCUUGAGGAAAGAGAAACUGCAUUACGGUUAGCACAAGAAGAAAAAAGGCUACAACAAAUGGCAGUACCAGGAAUACUUAAUCCUCAUGAAAUACCAGAAGAGAUGCAGGACUGAAUUAUCAGUUUUCUUCGUUACCUGCUUUCUGUACAUCUCAAUAAGAAACAUUCUGUUACACAGACUAUUGUAUCCUUUGAUCUGCGACUUUUCCCACAUGUACCACAAUUACCAUCAAGAUGGAUAUACAUUAUAUACUUUUUAAAGCCAAGUUUACAAUAUAACAUUCUUGUUAAGGAGGUAAGCCCGAAAUGCGGUGAUUGUUUGUCUGUUAUACAAUUUUAAAAGAAUUGAAACUUCUGUUAUGAGAAACAGGUAAAUACAUGCUGAACAAUACUAUUUUAUACAGUGAAAAAAUAAUAUUUGUAUAUUGAUAUUUAGUACUAGUAACAAAUAUUUUUUUAAUAAAGACAUUCUUCUA